AUGGCUUUGAACCCAAUCACUCGCCGUGCCCUGGCACUGACACUCCGCCAGGUCAGCCUCCAACAGACUGCAGCUGCUUCCUCUGUUUCAAAGAUUGGCAGUCGUGAAGUUGUUGGGUUUGGCUUCAAUGGCACCCCUUGUUAUGUGGACCGCGUAGACUUCCCCAUGCCAGGUGUUCGCUUCAAGGAAAAUACUCCAGACAUCCAGGCCCUCCGUGAAAAGGAGAAGGGAGACUGGAACAAGUUGACCCUUGAGGAGAAGAAAGCCCUUUACCGUGCGUCCUUCUGCCAGACCUUUUCCGAAAUGAAGGCUCCUACUGGCGAAUGGAAGUCUGUUAUUGGUCUUAGUCUCAUUGCUGCAUCUUUAGCCGUCUGGGUGUACAUGUGGAUGAAGUUGUAUGUGUACUCUCCCCUCCCUGAUACACUUUCUGCAGAGAAGCAGGAAGCUCAGCUCAAGAGAAUGAUUGCUCUGAAAGCCAAUCCUGUCCAGGGAAUUUCUUCACAGUGGGACUACUCCAAGGGUGAAUGGAAGUAAAUUCUUAUGCUGCAAUAAAACUGCUAAUUAUUGUCAUCAUAUUUUACUCAUUAACCAUGUGAUGUACAGUGGAUACCGCACUUGCUGUACUUAGAUAUUUUACAGUAUGUAACGCACCAAAGGAUGAUGAUGAUUCUCGAUUUUAAGUAGGAAAAAAAAUGUCGGCAGGCCCCAGUUUAAGCAAGAAAAUUCUUAGUUUAAAAUUGAGCUCCAGCAAUGUCUUCGUACUAUGGCCUUAAGUGGUUUCAAGUGUAUAUUUCUACACCAAUGUAUACCUGAGUUGAUCCCCAUUCCAUCUCCCUGGCUCGUGAGUUGCCAACAUCUUUAUUAUAUUAAAAGGAAAUCAGGAGGUGGAGGAGUAAAGUGACUGGUGCAUUUGUAUUUUUUGUGAACUGUGUAAAUUUUUGUUUUUAAUGACAUGGUGGUUAUUGCUAAUAAUAGUCUCUUCCAGUCAGGGAGAAGAUUCUUACUGUAAAUAAGAUAUUUAUGUCACUAUAGUACGUGUAAUUAAAUGGUGACCUCAU